AGGAGGAACUGUCAUUAAAGUGUUGGCAACACUGGUUGUCAAAACAUUCUUCGGCAAAUUCAGUUGAAAAAAAUCCAAAUUUUAGCAUAAAGAAAUGCAAAAUGGUGUCCAAUGGUGUGUUGGAAUUUGUGCGUGAAGAUGACUACAUAGAAUACUACCUGUUCCCCCAACUAACAUCCCCAGACAACUCCCGGAAUGAGGAAUUGAAUGAGAUACUGAAGACAGUGGAAGAAGUGGCUGAAGAAUUCUGCUGUGGCUAUAUUUGGCACAGGAAUGCCUUUCACGUGCGAGCUCGGCCCGGAAAUGCUCAUUUGCUGAUUGAUCAUCAAGGCCAGACGCCAAGUGGUGAGUCAAUGACACGGGCAGAGACAGAUCAUGAGAUACUUCCUGCCCAUUUGUAUGGGAUUGUUCACUUUGGGGACAACAUUGAGGAUGAAUGGUUUGUUGUGGCUCUCCUGUAUGAGCUGACAAGGAAAAUUCCUGGGCUGAUUGUGCGCACUGUCGAUGGAGAUGGGGAAUUUCUGUUGAUUGAAGUUGCCAAUCACCUUCCGAAUUGGGCCAAUCCGGAUACUUGUCAUCAGUGCGUUUAUAUUACAUAUGGGGCACUGCAUCUGAUGGAGAAUCCUCCGGAGAGUUCUCAGGGAGUUGCCGAGGCCAUUGGGAAGUUGAGGGAGAAUCCUGGGGUUCAUAGGGUGUCCAAUGAGAUUGAAAAUUGCAUUUCUCUGAGAAUUGGUGAUUACCCAGGACGCAUUCCUGGGAAUCUCCAUCGUGCCACUGCCUUUGUGCCCGUGGGCGUUGCUGCCCUCCUUCGGAACAAUCCCAGGUUGAUUGCAAGUGCCAUCCGGGAAUUCUGUGCCCGGGAUGCCGUUGACAUGAAAAUCUGUCGCGCAAUGAGAUUCUUCCCUCCGGAAAAUCGUGUUUACACCCGUGUCACCUUCACCAAGUGUCUCUAUGCCAUGCUAAUGCACACCAACUACACCCCAGAUCGUCGAACUGGCUGGAAUCUACCUCCUCAGUCCAGUGAGACCUUCCCUGCGCACAGUCUGGGCAUGAAAAUUGCCUGUGGCUUUGAGAUUCUGGCAUCUCAGGCCAAACCCGAGGCAGAUUGGGCAACAAAUCGCCACUGGAUCAAAUACUUGGAGAGUUUGAGGGCCAAAGGGUACUUCCAGGACUUCCUGGAGGGCUCCAAGGAUCACAAACGCCUCGUCGAAGCUGCUAAAGACUUCUACCGCGAAAAUAUCAGUGAUCUCCGUGAGAAUUCUCAGACUGGACAGCAAAUCCUGGAUGAUCUCAAGAGUAUCGACUGCAGUAUUGAGGAAUUCCGGAAGUUGGAAGCCUCCCUGCCUCCCAAUGAUGAUGAUUCCUGGCUGACUGUAGCUCCUGAAGAUCUCGACAAGAUGCUAAAUGAUCGAUAUGGAGACCCAAGCCCCCAAAUAAAUGGAACUUCUUCAGAAAUGACUGACAAACUGACACAAUUCCUAGCCCAGAAAUCCUCCCUGGAAGGGAUUGAAUCCCCUCCGGUUCGUCCUCAGCGCGGAGUGAAGAAAAAAUCCAAAGGAAAAGUUCACUUCGCCCCAAAUGAAUCCGAUUCCCCAGCCGGAAACACCAUAGACUUCGAUCCUGAUGCCUUCCAGGCCCAUGUGAAAAAUCUCCUGGACCUGGUGAUCCCCGAAGACAAAUGGGACUCCCAAUCUGACAUGAGCGAUUACGGAGAUGACACAGAAAUCGACAGGAACAUCGAUGAGAUGAAUACAGUAAAGACAGAAACCAAUCUUGAUGUCUACAUGACACAAAUGGACAAGGAACUCGCCAAGACGACAAUUGGAGAGAGUUUCGAGAAGAAGAAAUCCUCCUCAUCCGCCCAACCGGACGAUUUCGAUGACAUUGAGGACUUCCAGCCUGUAGACAUCGAUCUCAACACCCUGAAAAACAUGAUGGAGAGCUAUCAGGCUCAACUUGGUGGUCCAGGACCAGCUUCGAAUCUCCUAGGAUCGAUGGGAGUACGACUGAAGCCUCCUGCAGACUCCAAGGAAUGAACAACUCUUCCGCUUCUCUUCCUCUUUCAACAUUACGAGCUUUACAUGACAUUCUAUCGCCAGAGUUGCGCACAUAUUUCUUGUUAUUCAGCCCGCCUCCGGAGGAUCCUCAAAGGAUCUUCUCGGAGCUGAUAGCUUGGGAAAAUCCCCCACGAAAUGAAAAAAAAUAAAGGAAAAAUUUCCAA